AUGAGUGGGACUAGACCGGGGAAGUCGUUGACAAAGUACAAGAUUGUGUUCUUGGGUGAACAAGGUGUCGGCAAGACAUCUCUAAUUACAAGGUUCAUGUAUGAUACCUUUGAUGAUCAUUAUCAAGCGACAAUCGGCAUUGAUUUUCUUUCGAAAACCAUGUAUUUGGAUGACAAGACUAUCAGAUUGCAACUUUGGGAUACUGCGGGUCAGGAGAGAUUUAGAUCACUGAUACCUUCAUAUAUAAGAGACUCAAGAGUCGCAAUAGUGGUCUAUGAUAUUACCAAGAAGAAAUCUUUUGAGUUCAUCGACAAAUGGAUAGAAGAUGUAAAGAAUGAAAGAGGUGAAGAGAACGUAAUACUGUGUAUCGUUGGGAACAAGAGCGACUUGGCGGACGAGAGGCAAGUAUCCACUGAAGAAGGUGAGGCUAAGGCCAAGUUGUUGGGCGCGAAGAUCUUUAUGGAGACAUCAACGAAAGCGGGCCAUAAUGUGAAGAACCUCUUCAAGAAAAUCGCCAAAUCAUUACCCGAGUUCCAAGAAGGUCAACACGCUGGAGCUCUGGAAGGGGAUAAUUCCAACGAAGUGGGCAAAAAAGAAGCUAAUGGGUCCGGUGUCAUUGACAUUACUACUACUGAAGAUCAAGCCCAAGGUGGUGGAUGCCAGUGUUGA